AUGCGACGCCGCGCGCGCGGCGCCGACGCUGCCUCCGAGUGAUCCAUAUGGUGCUCGACGCGCCGGCGCCGCCGCAAGUCGGCGCCCCGUCGGCGCCCCCGACGCGAUGGGCCCCCCACACGGCGGCGCCGCACCACUUUUCGCGCCCAGUGGCGCUUUUUCCCGCCACGUUCGGCGCCUUCGGACCUUUCGGCGCCAAACGCUUUCCGUUUUCGAUGCCGCUGCUGCAGCACGGCGCCGCCGUCGCCGCGGCCUCACUGGCCGCCGCUGCGGCGGCUGCGGCCGCCCACGACGCCCGCCGCCUCCAACACGUGCAGCAGCAACAGCACCACCGCCCCCACGUGCCCCACAGGCCCCCGAUCGACCCCAUCAGGCACCAGCCGCACCUUGAACCUCAAAAAAGUCAACACGGUGGAGGAGGAGGAGAUGACGUUUCGGCCGACGACGACGACAAUGGCAGCAGCGGCGGAAAGAGACGCCGCUCGCGCACCAACUUCAACAGCUGGCAACUGGAGGAACUCGAAAGGGCCUUCCAGGCCAGCCACUACCCUGACGUCUUCAUGCGCGAGGCCCUCGCCAUGAGACUCGACCUCAAGGAAUCCAGAGUUGCUGUUUGGUUCCAGAACCGUCGAGCCAAGUGGCGCAAGAAGGAGCACACAAAGAAAGGCCCAGGUCGGCCGGCGCACAACGCUCACCCGCAGACCUGCAGCGGCGAGCCCAUCCCUCCUGAAGAACUGGUCAGGAAGGAGCGCGACCGGCGAGAGAAGAAAAUCCGCAAGUCCUUGGAAAAGCAGCAGAAAAAAUUGGCCCUGAAGGGCAUCCAGGUGGAUCUGGAGGCGUUGCGCGCUGACUGGGAGGCGCAGCAGAGGCGGCGGAUGGGGAGGGUUGGGGGCUCAGGGUCGACGCAGGGCAGCGGGGACACGCGUUCACCCUCCAGCUGCGGCUCUUCGAGCAUCAGAGGGGAGGAAAUCGACGUCGUCGGCGAGAUGAGUUCCGAUCUGGACGACGAGGACGUUGUUGUCACCGACGACGAACCGCCGUCGCCCCCUCUGCCCCCAUCACACCGCCCCAACCCCUUCAGCAUUGAGUCUCUGCUGGCGCGAGGCGGUGGUGGCGCCCCUCUCUCGUGAUAAUCCCCUCCCCUGCUCGAACGCCCCCUCCACCGGACAAAAUAAAGAAAGACCGACCAAUAAUCGCGCACAUAUCAGCAGCGGCAAACAAGUCAGUGAUUUGAAGUGAAAAAAGACACGAAUUUUGCGUCUUCAAAUGGAACACGAGGACGAAUCGUCAGAAAGUUUCGGACGCUCCUUGGACAAGCAUGUUAACAAAGUUUAAUUGUUGAAAAAGUAAAUAAGAAAUUGUUAAUUUUUUUUUUCAAAAAAAAAAAAAAAAAAAAAUACUAAAUAAUAUCAAAAA